AUGUUUGGCGCUAUUCUUUUCUUAUUAGCUUUACCUUAUCUUGAUAAAUCUAAUAUACGUGGUAUGCAAUUUAAACCUUUAAUGAAAAUUAGUUUUUGA